GCGAACGAGGAGGCUGAGGGCGACCUGCGUAGCGUGCCGAUCUCGUUUAGCGACUUGGAGUUUAUCGACCACCAGCUGUACAAGUCGAUGCGGUACAUCAAGGAGCACGACGGCGUCGAGGACAUGGGCCUCGACUUUAGCGUCAACCACCGCAAAGCGACGGGGCAAGUCGUCACGAUCGAUCUCAAGGAGAACGGCCGGCACAUUGAGGUCAACGACGCCAACAAGUCGGAGUACAUUUACCUCCACUUGCGACACGUGAUGCUCGACAGCGUCGCGGAGCAGCUGCACCACCUCAUGGCCGGCAUCUUUGAAGUCAUUCCCCAAGAACUCAUCUUGGUGUUUGACUACCAAGAGCUCGAGCUCAUUCUCUGCGGCGUGCCGUCGAUCGACCUCGCCGACUGGAAGACGCACACGCAGUGCAACGAAGACAUGCCACCGGAGCUGUGGCAGUGGUUCUGGGAGGUCGUCGGCGCCUUCUCGGACGAAGAGCGUGCGCGCCUCUUGCAGUUUACGACCGGCUCGUCGCGCGUACCGGUCCAAGGCUUCAAGGCGCUCACGAGCUACGACGGCCGGAUCUGCCACUUUACGCUCAACACGGUCGCGUACCCCGAGCACACGUUUCCGCGCGCCCACACGUGCUUCAACCGCAUCGAUCUGCCCAAAUACAAGUCCAAGCAAGAGCUCGAGAACGUGCUGACGCUUGUCGUCAACAUGGAGGUCACGGGAUUUACGGACGAGAAUAAGGCGUUUUCGAGUUUCGGCGCGAUGGACCCGUCGCCCGACAUGGACGCGUACUUGCGCGCGCAGAUCCGCAGCGCCUUCGACAUGUUCGACAAGGAGCGCAAGGGCUGCGUCAUCCAAGAAGAAGUGAGCACGAUCAUGCGGUACCUCGGCGCGUACCCGAGCGAGAAGGACAUCAUCAAGAAGAUUCUGCCCGAGAUGCAAGACGACGAGCCGUCGACCUUUGUGACCUACGAGAAAUUUGAAAAGAAGAUGCUCGAGGUCAUGUACAGCCACGAGUAUGAGCCCGACUCGGACGAGGCGCUCAUGGCAGCCUUCCGCGUGCUCGACCCGGACAAGAAGGGUUAUCUCGAGGCCGACGUCAUGAAGGAGCUGCUCUUGACCAAAGGCACACCCUUCCGCGAGAAGGAGCUCGAAGGCUUCAUGCACGUGGCCAAAGACGCCGACACGGGACGGAUCUACUACGAAGACUACAUCUCGCUCGUCACGCAAGAGCUCGACGUCCGCUCCACCACCAGCAACAAGUGAGAUAUGCUACCCACUAAACUCGAGGAGCAACGGUGGAGCGUGUUAUAACGUCACGGUGAC